AUGAAAAAUGACAGAGUUUUAGAGUUUGUUCAAUGUCUUACUUUUGAACUUUUUAGGGACGAACUCGCUAGGGAACGAGAAGAAAAGGCACGUUUGAGACAAGAGAUGCUCAAUCUGUCAGAUCUCCAGCAGCGAAAGACAAAUGAUACAUCUGUGCCUCCAUUACCUGAUGACAUAGAGGAAAGGAAGAAAAUUUUCGAUGAAACUGUCGAACGUGUUCAAGAAAAAUUCUUCGCAUAUCAUAGAGAGAAUGUUUGCGCAGAUAAUGAAAAGGAAAUUAUGGAGUGUCUGAAAGCGAAUCCUGGCCGUAUCUUGCAAUGUGCUCACCUCACCGAUCCUUACGAGAAAUGCGUGGCUGAUUUUCGUCAGGAAGUACUUAAAGGAAAUUAG